UUUCUUAAACCGAAAAAAAAGUCAGACUCUUGGCUCCCGUAGCAGAUCUAAGGAGUUCUUGCUCCAUUUCAUGCAUCGAGUUCUUUUGAUCUCUUCUCUGAUUUCCUUAACUUGUAUAUAAAUAUAUACAUACAACAUAAGCCGCGUUCAAUUUAGUUACUAUAAUUGAUUGUAUCAAUGCCAAUACCUUUUCUUGGUUUUUGAUCGUUUCUUUGGUAUUUGGAUUCUGGACCACUAACUUAAACAGUGAUGCCGUUUGAUUUUUCGAUUUCGAUUUAUCAAUGAUUUGGGUUUUUGGAGAUCUAUGGUCUGUUGGUCGUGGAAAGUGUCUUGGAGAGGCUGUGUGUAGAUUUGAAUUGGACUGAAAGUGUUUGUGAAUAGAUCAAAAACAGGAAGAGGAGAAGAAGAAGAAGCAGUUCCAAUUGGGAUUGAAGGAGGAGAGCAGACGGAUAUAUCAUAUAAUGGAGAUGUUCAUAAUGCUUCAUGUAGGGUCGGUGCUGCUAUUCCUUUGGUUGCUUUCUUGGUUCAAUUGGUGCCAUCCGAUCCCCUAUUUUGUGUCUCUGAUAUAUCUCUAUUUGGUUCAGGAGCAGUAUAUUACAAGAAUGCGGAGGAAAUUACAGUUCGAAGAAAGAAAACAAGCUGAUCAGAGAAGGGUGCUUUCUGAUUCUGAAACGGUGCGGUGGUUGAACUAUGCAGUUGAAAGGAUCUGGCCCAUAUGUAUGGAACAGAUUGCUUCACAGAAGAUUCUCUUGCCCAUCAUACCAUGGUUCUUGGAGAAGUACAAACCAUGGACUGCUAAGAAAGCAGUGGCUCAGCACCUGUACUUGGGAAGAAACCCUCCUAUGUUCACAGAAAUGAGGGUUCUCCAUCAGUCCUCUGAUGAUGACCACUUGGUUAUGGAGCUGGGGAUGAACUUUCUCACAGCUGAUGAUAUGAGUGCAAUAAUUGCUGUGCAGCUAAGGAAAAGUUUGGGAUUCGGAAUGUGGGCAAAGUUGCAUAUAACAGGCAUGCAUGUUGAAGGCAAGGUCUUAAUUGGGGUGAGGUUCCUUCACAAGUGGCCUUUCAUUGGCCGUUUGCGGGUGUGCUUUGCUGAGCCUCCGUAUUUUCAGAUGACCGUCAAGCCUAUCUUUACUCAUGGUCUUGAUGUUACAGAAAUUCCAGGGAUUGCUGGAUGGCUAGAUAAACUUUUGUCCCUUGCCUUUGAGCAGACACUUGUUGAGCCUAAUAUGCUGGUUGUUGACAUGGAGAAAUUUGCUUCGCCACAGUCAGAAGGUUGGUUCUCAGUGGAUGAGAAGGAGCCUGUUGCUUAUGCUAGAGUAGAAGUCAUUGAAGGAUCUGACAUGAAGCCAUCAGAUCCAAAUGGAUUGGCUGAUCCAUACGUAAAAGGUCAAUUGGGGACUUACAGAUUCAGGACUAAGAUUCAGAAGAAAACUCUGGCUCCAAAAUGGCACGAGGAAUUUAAGAUCCCCAUUUUUACAUGGGAAUCAGCCAAUAUGCUUUGUAUUGAAGUUCGUGACAAGGACUAUUUUGUUGAUGACACACUUGGGGGCUGUUCUGUGAACAUCAGUGAUCUUAGGGAUGGCCAGAGGCAUGAUGGAUGGUUUACUCUUCAGAAUAUUAAAAUGGGGAGGCUGCAUCUGGCAAUUACUGUGCUUGAAGACAAUAAAAAGGGGGAUAACCAUUCAUGUAACCAGGAAACGUUGAGCAUGGAAGAUAAAAGAAACUCCUUUGCUGAGACUACUGACCUUAAAGGUUCUUUCUCAUCUGUAUCAUCAUUAAAGUCUCCAAGAGUGCCAGAUAAUUUUGAGCCCAUUGAUAUAGAUGGUCAAACAGAAACUGGGAUAUGGGUCCAUCACCCGGGAAGUGAAGUUUCACAAAGAUGGGAGCCUAGAAAAGGAAAGAGUCGACGCAUUGAUACUAAAAUUCACGGCGAGCCGAAUGGUUCCAUGAACAGCUUUAAUGCAUCAGCAUCUGGAUCCCUUAACAUCAAUACCAGUAGCACUGAUGAAAAUCCUGAUGAUAAGAGUCCAUUGAAAUCGGUUCAGAGAGGCUUAAGAAAGAUAGGUUCAGUAUUUCACAGGACUCCCAGAAAGGAGGAUCAAACGGGCAGCUCGGGGGUGGCUGUUCAAUCUCCACAUGUUAAUCUUCGGGCAGUCAACUCGAAGGAGAUUGGUGUGAAGUUUGUUAUGGAAGGCAACAGUUGUAGAAAUGCAUCUGGUAAGAAUCUCAAUGAAGAGAAUGUAACAAGUCCCAAAGAGAGUGGUCCGGAAAGCCCAAGGAAAGGAAACAUGAAAGGUAUGGCAAAGAGUAUUUUAAGACAAGCUGGGAAAUCUGCUCGUGGCAUAAAGCAUGUAAUUUCCCGGGAAGGAUCGAAAAACUCUCGAGGUGAUGCAUCGGUAGGGACAGAAAGAGAAAUGACAGCGGUGGAGUCCGACCAUUCUGAGGAUGAAUCAUGUUCUUCCCCAGGAGUCGAAAGGAUUUCAUCAAUUCCAGAGGCAACAUCCUCUGGCUGCGUUUUUUAUCCCUCAGACUCCGAGGAACAUGUGGUUCAGACGUAUUCAAAUGAAGAUCAUGCAAUGGGAAUUGAAGGCCCUAAUGAAAAUGAAAGUGUUGAGGACUUGGAAAAGAAGGAAGACAAGCCUGGCAGCCAUGACCAACGUGAUGAUGGGGUGGAAGAGUCCUUACAACCCAAGCUUGCUGGAGUGGAUUUGGAAGGAGACAAGAUAGCAUUUUGCCUAGACUGUUUAAAAGGCAGCUCGGAGUUAUCUCAUGGUGGUGGAAUAGGCAGAAUUUAAUGACUUCCCGAAAUUUAUGAUUACUCUCUGAAGUCAACAUGUUGAUUCAUUCUCUAGGCUUGAUGAAUCUUGGAACAUCCUCGUUAUUUUUUGUCCUUCUUGCUUACAAUGGGAAUGGUAGGAAGCCGGAGGGAAUUUUGAUAAUAUUAUGUAAGAAAAAUCCCGUGGAGAGUGUGUAAAGUAGCUUUUGUAUAAGCAUUUACUUGUAAAUUCCUUGUAAAAUGUAAACUCACAUUGUGAUGAU